AACCGGAAGACAGAAGGUUUCCUUCCUCUUUUGUCAUUGUCGGUCAAGUUUCUCUCCCCUCUAUCAGCCUCUUUCUUCUUCUGCAUUCCUAGCAAAACCUCCAAAACCUCCAUUAAAGAACUUGAAACGGCACCAGAAUGUCUGAUCGAAGUUUCGUGAAACUCUAAUCUACUUGGGGCCCUUCUAUAUCAAGGCAACCAUUUUGGGCCAGACGUAUAUAAUUUUGGGUAUUUUGCAUAUUUUAAAUCAGAGAAAGAUAUACCUGCUUGGCGGGUCGGACCCAGGUGCAAUUGACCCAUCGGCGGUGAAAUCUCAAUUGGGAAGGAGCAAAGUGAAGUUCGUCGGGCUGGAUUGUGAAAGGUGACGACGAACCUCAGAAGAGAGGGGGACUGGGGCUGCUUGUGGUGGUAGUGGCGGUCGGCGUCGUGGUGGUGAAGAAGAAGAGCGGUGAUGACACCAGUCCACCAGCCGUCCCUAGAGUAAUCAUCGACGACGUCGCCUAGGUCAAACUAGGGUUCAGAAGAAGGAGGGUCAGGAGGAAGAUUGGGCAUACCGGCACUUCAAUUGUCUCGACAACUGGUCUGAUGGGCAGCCAUAGGAGUAGCAGCAGCAGGUGGCGAAUAUCCUCAUCCAAGUCCAGUCUUAGACAUCAAAAGAAGAAGAAGAAAAUCACUGAGGAUGAUAUUGCCGAGUACUUGGCAAAGAAAGCUCAAAAAAGGGCAGCAAAAGUUGCAAAGAAAUUGAAGGCACAGAAUAUUUCUGGAUAUGGUAAUGAUUCAAAUCCAUUUGGAGAUUCCAAUCUAAAUGAAAGAUUUGUGUGGCGAAAGAAGAUUGAACAAGAUAUCACCCAAGGCAUGCCACUUGAAACAUUUUCAUUAAAGGCAGAGAAAAAGAGACAAAGAGAAAGAAUGGCAGAGAUUGAAAAGGUGAAGAAAAGAAGGGAAGAAAGGGCUAUCGAGAAGGCACAGCAUGAGGAAGAAAUGGCAUUAUUAGCAAGGGAACGUGCUCGAGCUGAAUUUCAAGACUGGGAGAAGAAAGAAGAAGAGUUCCAUUUUGAUCAAAGCAAGGUUAGGUCAGAGAUACGGUUGCGAGAAGAAUUGCUGUGUUCUCAUCCUAGGGCCAAAACAGUAACAACAGAGGUAGUUUCAAACGAAAAGUAG